CACAUGCUUCAUCUAAAUUAUUAGCAGAAGCUUGGUGGGAUUGUUAUGGUGAUCAUAUUUUUGGAGGAUUCCAGCACUGAGAUUUCUGGAGUCUGCUGUGUCUAGCCAUAAUGAGUUUGUCUCUGGUUGCUUAUGAUGAUUCAGACUCUGAGACAGAAACUGAAAACACUGAAGUCCCCAAUACUUCCAGCCGACAGACAAGCCAGCCAAGUUCUUCUGUGAAUUUUGUUCAGUACUUUGCACCUGGUAGUUUGGGUACAAAAUCUACAUAUGAAAUGCAGCCUACUGAGAACACGGACUGUUCUGGCACAAGCACUGCUUGUGAAGAUGCCUCUGAGCAUUAUGCGCAGAAUAACAACACUGAUUUGACAUCUUAUUGUAGGAGAGCAUACUCUGGCCAUACUGCAUUAUGUAUGUCCUACACAAACUAUGAACAGACAUCAAGCUCUUCAACAAACUCUAGAAAUGGUGCUUCCCACAAGAGAAUACAUAAAGACAGUACUACUGCCAUAAAUGGGAUUAGACCAUAUAUCCCUAAAAGAUUGCGUCAAGAAAAUUCCAGUAUGCCUGAGAAAAAAGAAUGUGAUCAGAGAGAAAGCUCAGAUUGUGAUGUUAAGCUAGGCACAUCAGGAGAGCAGACUUCAAGAAAGAUCUCUGAAUUAAUUAAGCCAUAUUUGGGAUCCAAAUAUAAAUUAACUGAAGUCCCCAGAAGCUUAAUAUUUUGCAUGUCUAAACACAGUGGCCCUGUCAAUGAAAUCCAGUGGUGUCCUGUACGAGAACAAAGUCACAUGCUUCUCUCGGCUUCUAUGGACAAAACAAUCAAGGUUUGGGAUGCUGUAGAUACAGGCUGCUGUUUGAAAUCAUACUCCUGUCACUCCCGUGCUGUUCGAACUGCCCGGUGGUCGUCUUGUGGAAGAAGGAUCCUCAGUGGGGGCUUUGAUUACAUGCUGCAUUUAACAGAUGUAGAAACAGGAAAGCAGAUAUUUAGCAGCAAAAAUGAAUUUAGGAUCAGCACACUAAAGUUCCACCCUACAGAGUCAAAUAUUUUCAUUUGUGGAGGGUUCAGCCCUGAAGUUAAAUCUUGGGAUAUAAGGACUUCUAAGGUGUUAAGAGUGUACAAAGCUGCAGUACAACAGACAUUGGACAUGCUCUUUCUUCCUGAAGGAAAAGAAUUUGUUACAAGCACAGAUGCAGUAAGCCGGGACUCAGCUGAUCGUACCAUUAUUGCAUGGGACUUCCAAAGUGCUGCAAAAAUCUCCAAUCAGAUUUUCCAUGAGCGUUACACUUGCCCAAGUCUGACUCUGCACCCAAAAGAGUCUAUGUUUGUUGCUCAGACAAAUGGGAACUACAUGGCUUUGUUUUCUGCACAGCGACCUUACCGAAUCAACAAGAAGAAAAGAUAUGAGGGACACAAGGUGGAAGGUUUUGCCGUGGGCUGUGAAUUUUCUCCAGAUGGAACACUUCUGGUGACAGGAAGUUCAGAUGGCAAAGUGUUUUUCUAUAACUAUCAUACCGCUAGGAUUAUUCGCACUUUGUCUGCACAUAAAGAAGCUUGUGUGAGUGCAAUAUUUCACCCAGUCUUGCCAUCACUCCUUGCAACAUGUGAUUGGGCUGGAGAAGUCAAGAUCUGGCAAUAACAACCAGAGUUACUUUUCAGGCUGUCUCCUGUUAGUCUGUCAAAGGCGUAGGAAAUAAACCGUGGUGUGCAAUGUGAAAUUUUGUUGUGAUGUGGUAAGCAGAAGAGACUGUUGUCUUUUCUUCUAUGAUCUCUAAGUGUAUGCUUUCAUAAUGCAGUUAAGAUGAUCUUGUCAUUAGCUGCUUGGCAAGUGGUUUUAAUCUCUCCCUCAGCCCUGGUGGCAAAUUUCUGCCUGUGACAAAUUUUUCCUGUCUUCUGCUACUCAUCUGGACCCACAGUGGUUUUGAGUAGCUGAACUUAAGAAAAUUAUUGCUCUUUUAAUGGAGCUUUUCAAUGCAGCUUUCUUAAAUCAGGUUUUAUCAUAGAAUUGUUUAGGUUGGAAAAGACCUUUAAGAUCAUCGAGUCCAAUAGUUAACCCAGCACUACCAAGUCCACCACUGAACCAUGUCCCUAAGUGCCACAUCUACACAUCUUUUAAAUACCUUCAGGGAUGGUGAUUCAACCACUUCCCUGGGCAGCCUGUUCCAAUGCUUGACAACCCUUUCGGUUAAGGAAUUUUUCCUAAUACCUAAUCUAAACCCCUCCUGGUGCAACUUGAGGCCAUUUCCUCUCAUCCUAACCAAAAGUUGGUGGGGAGAUACUAUUUACCAGAGGAUGACAUUCAGAUCAAUUAAUGCCUAUUUGAUCUUCCUGUAAUUUCUUUUCACUGGCUUAAACUAAUUUUCACUAGUUUUGCUCCCUGACUUGAGGCAUUGACAAGCUCUAGUGUAGUUCAAGGCAAAACAGCUUCUGUGCACAAGAAGGUGAAAGAUCAUAGGGCAGGUGGGCCUGUUUCUUUUGGAAAUGGGUGGCUGUUACGAGUUCGGAGAGUUCCAGGGAAAGGUGUGCCAGAUAACUUGAAGCUAAUUUUGAAGUCAGUAACUUUGUAUUCUUGAAAUCCCGGUGUUUAAAGUUGAGUUUUAAACUUACAUUUACAACUGUAGAUAAACAAAGCAAAACUAUGUAUAAAUAUUUUUUGUGAAAAAAAUAAACAUUUUUUUCUUAUA